AACUUUACCUUAUCACAACAGGAAAAAAUCAGGAAUAAAAAAUUAAAGAUUAACCCAAAGAAUACAGUGAUACAAGGGGUCUAUCGUAAUCGUAACCAAUUUGGUGAUAAAUCAUUGUUUAAUGCUGUAGUCAACGUAUCUUAAAGAUUUAAUUUCUAUCAUGGGCGACUCAGAAUUGGCUUAUGGAUCUUCGUUAACGUUGGAUUCCAUGAAAGUGAUAGCAGAGAGUGUUGGUAUCGCCACUCUUGGCGAUGACGCUGCUAAGGAACUCGCUGAUGAUGUUACAUAUCGCUUGAAAGUGAUUGUUCAAGAUGCCAUGAAGUUCAUGCAUCACUCAAAGAGACAAAAACUUUCCAUUACAGAUAUAGAUCAUGCCCUGAAGAUAAAAAACAAUGAGUGUCAAUAUGGAUUUAUUCAGCCUGAUUCGCUGCCAUUUAGGUUCGCAUCUGGAGGAGGUAGAGAACUCCAUUUCAUUGAAGAAAAAGAGAUAGAUCUCUCGGAGAUUCUAUCAGCACCACCUCCAAAGGUUCCAUUGGAUGUAUCUGUUCGUGCACAUUGGCUAAGUGUGGAUGGGGUUCAACCAACAGUACCUGAAAAUCCACCACCGCUUUCAAAAGAAGCUCAGAAACUUGAAUCUGUUGAUCCAAUAAGUAAACUGAGUAAACCAAGCAAUAAAGAUUCUGCAGGUAAACCUAUAUGUGGCAAAGCAGCAAGAUUGAAAGCAUCAGAAUCUGUGCAUGUUAAACAGCUUGCUACCCAUGAAUUGAGUGUUGAACAGCAGCUCUAUUAUAAAGAAAUCACAGAGGCCUGUGUUGGCAGUGAUGAAACGAGACGUGCUGAAGCGCUCCAGUCCUUAGCUUGUGACCCAGGACUACACGAGAUGUUGCCCAGAAUGUGUACUUUUAUAUCUGAAGGUGUGAAGGUUAAUGUCGUACAAAACAAUCUGGCUCUUCUCAUUUACCUGAUGCGAAUGGUUAAGGCACUACUUGAUAACCAGUCACUAUAUUUGGAAAAAUAUUUACACGAGUUGAUUCCGUCCGUGUCGACAUGCAUAGUAUCACGACAGCUGUGCCUUCGUCCCGAGAUGGAUAACCACUGGGCCCUGCGAGAUUUCGCCGCGCGACUCAUGGCUCAGAUAUGCAAAACAUUCAAUACUUCAACCAAUAAUCUACAAACGAGAGUCACCAGGUUGUUCGCGAAAGCCCUCCAAUGCCCUUCACAAACAAACAACGAAACGGGUCCUUCUAUGGCGAGCAUGAAGGAAUCGGAGAAGACUCCUCUCGCGUCGCUGUAUGGAGCCGUGCAAGGAUUGGCAGAGCUGGGCCCCGAAGUCGUUAAAGUGUUCAUUCUGCCGCGCGUGCGUUGGUUGGGAGAGCGCGUGGAGGGCGCGCUGAGCGGUAUCGGUGGCGCGGACCGACUGGCGGCCGGCAACCUCAAGCACCAGCUGCUGAAGGUCCUGGCCCCCGUCGUCCGACAACUGCGGCAACCGCCCGACCAACCCGAAGACUACAAGCGCGACUUCGGGUACCUGGGUCCGAGUCUCCAACAAGCCGUCAGCAAGAUACGCUCGUCUCCCUCGUGCAGUACCGCAGGAGGCGCCGUGGCGGUAGUCACCUGCACGCCGCCCCUAUUGCCUACCGCGCCCUCGCCUUCGCCUUCCAAUAUAUCGCAUACUACAAAGACUGAAACAGUGACCACUCGUAACCUGGUGAUAGCGUCAUCGACGCCACAAUCACCGGCCCCGUCUACUCCGCCGCCACAGAAAUUUGUCAUUGUCGCGUCUCAGCAAAAACCUACUCAGAUUCAAUCUUCGAGCGGUACGGGGCACAUCGUAGUACACAGUUCGCAGCCAACCAUAGUGAGGAGUCAAAACGUUCAGUCGGUGGUGGUGACGAGCGGACCGGCGCCGGGCGGCGCAGCGCAGAAGGUGAUGGUCGUCGGAGUGCAGCCGCAGCACAACCAAGGACAGGUCAGCCAGGCACCGGUGUCGGUGGUGGCGAAGCCCGUCUUCGCUCGUGGGGGCGGCGGACCACAACCUCCGCCUGAACUAGACGACCUCUCUCAUCUCGCCUGACAGCCACAGAAGCUCAACUUCACCUAUAUCAAACAAUCUAAGAAGAAUUGAUUAUGAGAAAAUACCUAUUGCCAAUCGUUUGUUAAAAACUUCUUGGCAUUCAUUUAUCUAUUUACAACUGUAAAAAUGUCAAUAUGUUGAUUAUGGUGGUACGUUAAACAAAUAAAUUUGAUGAUUUCUCAUAUAUUUUUUAAUAUGUAGCUGUUAAGUUAACAAUACAUGUUUUAGGCAGGCAGUGGCAAGUUGUAAGCAGCAAUUAGUCUAGCCCAGCGGUCGGGGAACUUUAUUAAUUAUUACCCCAAAAUAUUUUUGUGUAAAUUGAUAUU